CGCCUCGACAUUUUAUCCUCGAAUUAUACAACAGCCAAGGGGUACAAUGGAUACAACAAACCUAUAUGCCCAGGCAGCAGAGGUGCUUGCAGCAUCUCAUGCGACGCGUGACGACCUUGCAGCGUUGCUUGAUCCCAAGACCGGGUUUGCACCCAAGUUGAGUGCGAUGUGUAGGAAACGUAUUGACGAAUUGAUGGAGAACGGUACCACGCUGGAGGACGGUGAAAUGUUGCGUUUGGAAAGUAAUACAUGGGAUUUAGUUCAGUUACUUAUGGCGGUGCGUACUACUGAGCCAACCCUCCCUCCCUCCGCAAAAUCCCUUCUACGAAGAAAUCCUUAUACACCAACGUCAACCCUCGCGCAAUCAAUCCUCCUACACUCACCACUCCUCAACGAGCUCGUUAUUGUACGGGAAUGGUUGCAUGACAAUGCUCCCCCUGUCCGUGCACCGGAGGAUGCAUUAGGGUAUUGGAGGUUUACAAAAUUGAGAUUGCAGCAUGCACAGAGGACAGGUGACAAGAAGGAUGUAGAAAGCCUCGUAAAGGAGAUGGAUCCUGAUGCAAUCAAUAGAGAGGAUGAGGAGGAAAGUGGAGGAAAGAGAGUCCUGGAUGCUGAUGAUGCUAACUACGAAAAGGCACUAGCGCAAGCGCUAUACGCGUACGUACGCGCUGGGAGGUUGGACGAGGCGGUUGAUUUAUGUAGAAGAGCGAAGAGGCCGUGGCGGGCCGCUAGCAUUCGUGGAUCAUUACUUUUCGAAUGGAAAGCGCUUGAAGAUCAGUCGCAGGAUCACGAAGACGCGAGUUUCUCCGAUGGUUGGUCGGGAAAUAAGAGGAGAAAUUUAUGGAAGGCGACAGUCACACGAGCUGCCUUAAACCCCCUUCUCUCAGAACCAGACCGAGCUCUGCACGCUGCGCUCGCACCAUCCCCUGCAACAUCCGUGGUACUCAAAUCUGCAUGCCGAACAUGGCAUGAUCACCUCUGGGCCCAAGUUAGCAUAGUCUGCGAAGGCAAGCAAGUUGACGCUCUCUCACGCGCUGGCGGAGGAGGUGGAUAUUGGGAAGGCGGAGUUGAAGCCGUAGAGCGAAUUGCUGCAGAGAGCACUCUCACUUCUUCUCCAGUGCUGCAACAAAGGGAAAGAGAAGAAGAGGAGGCAGAGGAAAGGGAGUGGGAAAAGGAGGUUGUCAGUGCACUUAAGGCACUUUCGAAUGUUGGUGUAGCAGAAGGACCACCCGCAUCGGACCCAUUCCAUGUUUCGCAGCUUCACAUCAUACUUAAUCAAACUGACAAACUUCUUUCGGACUUCGCUUCCGGAAUUCAGACGGGAGAGUUUAAUCCUGGACAACCAAAUUUCCCGACCUUAACGCGAUUCUUCGCACACCUGUGCCUCUUCCUUCGAAUGAUCGACAUGCCCGUACCCGCAGAUGCAACGCAAGCCAUCCUCGAGGUCUAUUUGCAGGUCUUAGAGGAAGCAGGCCAACGAGAACACAUUGCCUUAUACGCAAGUGCAUUAGGCGAAAACGCUGUCGAGCGAUACGCUUUGUUCCUCACAAGUCUGGACCUCUCUGUCGACGUUAACGAUCGACGACAAACCUUAAGGCGUGCUGAGAGGCAUGGGUUAGAUAUUAUCCGCGUUGCGCAGGUCACUGCUGAGAAAACGCUCGAUAAGGCUUUCGAGGAGCUACCACGUAUGAAGAAGGCUUUGUCACCUGUUCUCGCUCUUGAAUCGGAAUUGUCGGAUAUGGAACUGUUCCUUAUUCGGUCUAUAGAGUGGACGACAUUCCAAGAACAGACGUACCGUGAUGCUCUUGAGCAGGCGAAUGCUAUUUUCCGAUAUUUCUUAGGAUGUGGGAAAGUCCAAGCAGCACGGAUCCUACUAAGAAUGCUUCCGUCGCAACUUCAAUCACUCCCUGUUAACGAUAUGCGCUCUCGGAUGCAUAGUACUGAAUACCUCCACUACUUCCAAUUCUUUGCGAUUUGGGACUUGUUCGACCGUAUUGCCGAGUUGCAGGAGGCGGAGUCUGGGUGUUCGACCAGGGGUGCGAAGGAAGCUUGGUUGGCUAGCUAUUCUGGCCUUCUGGAUAACAUACGGGAGCAGAUCGUCGAGCUUUUAAAAACCGAAUGGCUCGUGAACGAAGAAGAGGUGGAGGGGAGUCAUACUCAGGAUCAACGGAAGGUCACUCUCGUUCGCAUACGCAGGAUAUACAUCCCAGACCUCGUCAUCCGACUACACAUGUUACUAGUUGAGUCAGGAGAUCGAAUUCCUCAGAACCUGAAACACACAUUCACUCUCGCAAACAUCGUCGCGGACUCGCGAUACGGGAUCUACGAAGACUUCAUCGCGCAGGGUGGAGCGGAGAGGUUGGAGAAUUAUUUGCGUGCGGUGAGAUUAGCAGUUGUAAAAGGAUUAGAAAAUGGCGGGGGUGGAGCGGAUGUGUUCAGGGCCCUUAGGAUGGCAUAGACAGAGCCUUGGGAUAUAAGCAAUAUAGGAGGAUACCAGCGAACAUUGAUGGACUCUGGUGUUAGUGACCAUAUAGUUGUGUGAUCCAUCCUCCACACACCUUAUGAUCCAUUACUCAUUUGACUGUAGAUUCCUUUCCUGAUCAUUUAGCUCGUGUACAUCGUUUACUUGCAAAUGGCGUCUUAAGAGUAGCCACAAGUUGUGAUUCUCGAAUCGCUCAUAGCUCACAG